UGGAGGCUCAGCCAAACCCUUAAUUCUCUCUCUAGCCAGACGACUCACGAGAUGUCAACUCCGGCUGAGCCACCGGUCACCACCACCAGCUCCGCCAUGCUCCGGCCGUGGCCUCAGUUCAUAGACCUCUCCGCCCUCAGCAUCCCCGUCUCCCUCUCCGAAUCGACCUACCGCGUCACCCAAAAUCUCCGCUAUUUCCUCCCAAACUACGUCGUUCUGACCCUCAUCAUCUUCCUCCUCACCCUCCUCACCCGCCCCCUCUCCCUUCUCUUCUUCCUCUGCCUCUUCGCCGCCUGGCUGUACCUCGUCCUCGCCCGCGACGAUCCCCUCACCAUCCUCGAUUACGACAUCGAUCAGAGGUACGUCAUCGGAUUCCUCGCCGUCGCCACUUUGGGCGCGCUCUUCUGGAGCCACGUCUGGACGAAAUUGUUCGUCUCCUUGCUGAUCGGGGCCGUCCUCGUGCUCGUGCACGGCGUUCUGAGGGCGCCGGAGGAUUCGAUCGAGGAUUCGCCCUAUGGAUCGUUGCUCAACGUGGUGGAUAGCCCUAGAGGGGGAUACGCUAGCGUUUGAGAGGUGAAUCGUAGCUCAGUGUUCUGAUUGGAUUUAUUAUGUGUUUAGUGUUGCGAUUCUUCUGAUUGUCAGACCUUUGAUUAAUGUAGGCUGCGUUUAUUCAACUUUUUGUGGCUGAAAUCGUUUGAUUUUGUUUUGAUCGAUUUAAUUUACUUGCUGUUUGUUGAUAUCUAAAUGGUUUGCAAUCUGA